AAAAAAAGAAGAAAAGAAAACACAAAAAAAAAAAAAAAACGACAAGUGUCGUUGUUUUUUUGAGCUCGAGAGUUUUUUUCAGUGAGUUCGAAUGAGUGAAUGUUUGGCCUACAGCGGGUAUCGGGGAAUAUGGCCAGCUACGAAUUAAUUUGCAUAAUUCCAACAUAAAUAAAGAAAAUACCUACAAAAAGAAAAAAAAAGCUAAACAACUGGAAUUCCACUCUGCCCCAAAUUUUUGUUUUGAAACAACAACAAAAAUAAAAAAGCCUACAAAAUGUGCCACAUAAACUUGUUUAUUGUUUUUCAAAAAAUAUCUAUCGGAAUAGGCUUUGUGUUUUGAGUUGUUUUUUUUUUUUUCAUCAAAAAAAUACAAACAAAAAAUCCUUAAAAAAAUUAAUUGAAAAAGUUUGUUUUCCCUCAUUUUUUUAAAUUAAAAAUUUUUCAAAUCAACCAUCAAACAGUUUUUUUUUUUUUGUUUCGUUUUGAAAAAUUUAAUUUUUUCAUCAAAAUGGGAACCCGGACAACGGAUUGUCGAAAAUUUUCACCAAACAUAUUUAACAAGAGCAAGUGCAGCCACUGUUUUAGACAACGAGAGGAGCAUAGUGCUGCAGCCUUGGAAUGCAAUAGGCCGGUAACUCCGCCUAUAACUCCUGCAUCACGGAAAGUGUCCAAAUGCGGUUAUUUGUUUGUUGCACCCGACUGGGAUUUCAACAACCCUCUCUACAGAACUAAGAGAUGGCAGCGAAGGUGGUUUGUGUUGUACGACGAUGGCGAGCUAACAUAUUCCGUGGACGAACACCCCGAAACAGUCCCGCAAGCUAGUAUCGAUAUGACAAAAGUCAUCGAAGUCACCACAGCCGAAGAUGUUACCGGCCAUACAAAUUCAGUUGCCAUUACAGCACCAGAUCGUGUAACCUUCAUCAAGGGCACAUGCCCCGAAGAAUCCAAAUGGUGGUUAAAUAUAUUGGCAGCGUUUCCCAAAUCAAAAGGACGCCACAAACGAAAUGCAACAUUUCCUGGUGGUCAAGCAACAACGAUAUUACAACAAUCGAAUGGCACUAUCACAGCGGGUGGCUGUGUUGUUGUUGGAACACGAAAUCGCCAUAAUUCAUAUCACAAGGACACAACAUCUUUGACUGGCAACACUGUCGGUGGUGGUGUUGAUUCAUGGGAUCCAGCAAAUAAUACGAAUGUCAAUGAUAUGGAUGACGAUGUAGAGGAUGAUGACGAUGAUGAGGGAAUCAAUGAUCCAGAUGAUGAUGGAAGUGGUAAUCGGCAUCAACAAGAUGAAAAUAAUAAAAAUGCUGGCAAUGAGAUCACAAAUCGUGUUUACACUGAUCAGCCAGUCUCAUCGAAGUCGCCACCCACACGCGAUAAAAUUCAUCCCGAAACGAAGGCUCAAGUUCGCAUCAGGAAUCGCAAUCGGACUGCACCAUCAUCAAUUCAGGUGCAACAGGAUGAUUCUGAGUCGGUUCCGCCAUGUUUACUGAUCGAAGAUGCCCGUCGCGAUGAAAAACUAAAAGACAUCGCCAACACAAUUACGAAUCUAAGUCAAACAUCAAAUCGCUGGAGUACAUCCGGUGUUGGAAAUACAAUCAAUGUAACAGUCACAGCGGUCAAUAAUGCCCUAAAUAGUCAAACACAGGGCUUAAAUGACGAGAAACCGACCCGUGACGAAACCGAUUUCGCCCAUUAUCGACCUGCCCAUACAACUGUUGUGAAUCUUAGACCAAAGUCAUUGCCUCUGGCAUCGAAUUCAACGCCGGCCAUUGUGUCAGCCAUAGUCAAGAAAAUUCCGCCCGUUUUAGAGCAGCAGCAGCAAGUGACAACCGGUGGUGGUGGUAAUAAAUCUAGUCCUAGAUUACAGCAACAGUUGAGACUUCUUCAACAGCAACAACAAAAACAGUCCCAGUCACAUGAACGAGGAGAUCCCGAUGGAGGAUGUAAUCUAGAUGACUUAUCGACGAACUAUUUGGCCAAAACCUCGGAACUCAGGGUAAAUCUGCCUGCAGAGGAAAUUUUGAAUUCGAAAAAGGGCUGGCUGAUGAAGCAAGAUGGGCGAACAGGCGAUUGGACGAAGCAUUGGUUCACACUUAGUGGAGCAGCUUUGUUCUACUAUCGAGAUCCAGUGUCGGAAGAACGAGGAGUUCUUGACGGAGUGCUCGACGUGAACAGCCUAACCAGCGUGACAGAAGUAAAUGCAUCGCGGAAUUACGCCUUCCAACUGUCAACUUGGGACAAACGACGAUUAGUUCUGUCAAGUUUAUCGGCGAAUUCGCGAAACAGCUGGAUGACAGUUUUGAAAAACGCUGCUGGUCUUCAGUCAGAACCGAAAGUCGAGAACGAAUGCAUUCUGGCAACAGAAUUGAUAAUCAAAGACAACACGAGCGAUGACAUUAAGAGCGAAAUCGAAAAGGACUUUAUCAAGGCUCAAAGGAAUCAGGAAUUGAUCUUGAACAAUAACAAUCUUGGAACUAAGAUAGCUCCAGAUACCAGCCCAGUGAUUGUUCAAAAAGCUGUUACCACACCUGUUACCCCAUUGACUCCAAAGAAUACCAUGUUUUCUUCAGAUGAAGAAUACCGGACUGCUUCGGAAGGUGGCAGAAGGGAUAGUGUAGAUUGGGGAUCUCCCUUGUCGCCAUCACCUCCAAUACCGAUUGCCCUACUAAGAGCCAAAGAACGAAUGCGAUCACGUCCCGGAAACUGCCCAAGGCUUCACAAGCGAAGCAGAUCAUCGCCACCAAGCUCGCGAAGGAGUACCGUUGAUAGCGUGGGUUCAGAUGAGUUGCCAGUAAUCCACUCGGUUCAAGAAGAACUCAACAUCGACAAGGAGCUUCAAUUUCGACUGGGAGCAGCUGAAAAAGAGCGAGAUGUGCUGCGGAAUGAGGCCCAAGAACGUGAAGCCCGAAUGUCAGAACUUCUUACAACCCUCGAACGAACUGAACAGGAGUUAAAUGCCCGAAUAAGAGAAAUGGAAGAAGCUCGAGAUAACCUCUCCAGUCAGCUAGAUGAAGCCAAGCGAAAUGCAGAAAAAAUCGUUGAUCGGCUAACAAUCGAAGUGGGUGAGAGUCAUAAGAAAAUCAAAAACCUAGAAGAUCGUCUAUCCCGAGGCAUUGAAGAGAACGAAACUCUUUAUAAAAAACUGCGUGAACUCGAGAGCUGCAGUCCUUCGAGCUUUAGCAAUCUCAAUCGGCACAAGCUGAAACGAAUGGAUUCGUUGAGUGACCUUACCCAAAUCAGCGAUAUUGAUCCAUAUUGCUUGGAUCGUGACAUGCUGGCCGAUGAAUACAACGAGCUUCGUUCAAGAUUCGAAAAGGCAGUAAGUGAGAUUAAAGCAAUGAAACGGGAACUCAAAGAAUCACAAAAUCAAUUUGAUACUUUGGAAAUAUCGUAUGCUUCGCUAAAGCAGGACCUUGAUCGUCAGCAAAUUGAAGAUCGCUCACAAUUGCAAAUGAUGGCUGAGCGAAUUCAAGAUCUUACACUGAAAUACAGUGGUUCUGAAAGACAAGUCCGAACUUUGAAACAGAAACUUGCCAAAUCAGAACGUAGGCGAUCACUUUCUCUCAAAGGCAAGGAACAGCUGACAGUCUCGAAGGAACUCGAAAUCAAAGUUACAGAACUCGAGUCAAAGAUCGAUGAUUUGGAAAAGAAAUCACCCAGUCAAGUGCAAGUUAAGACUCCGUCGACGAGUUCGGUAAAGAAAUCAGCUCGCCGAAGAUCCCUCGAAAGCUCAGCCAGUACGGAUUCAUUGCAAUUUAUGAUUCGAGUCAAUGAUCUUGAGAAACGUUUCGAGUGCUUCACCUCAUCACAACCAUCAUCGGCACCGACGAUCGAUGUUAAACGAAGCUCGUCUAGUCCAAAAAUGUCCGAGCAUCUUAUCGAACGUCUAAAGUGUCUGGAGGGAGUGUUGAUAUGCAGUAAAGAUCGCCUCGAACAAAGUCUUCAUCAACUUCAAGCCUUGAGAUCGACAUCAAGAACUCGUCGGUCAGUUUCACCCAUCACAGAUCGUAAGGACUCUUAUCGGUUUGUCGAACGAUGUCUUGUCGAAGUGGUCAAACUCAUUCGAGAGUCAUGUGAGACCUGUGUGGUAAGUGAAGACCUAACAGCUCCUGGACUCAUUCUCCUGCCUGAAUCAAACCCCAUUAAGAUCGCUCUAAUGCAGCUUGAAGCCCAACUGCGUGGUAAGCUGGGAGAUCUUCUUAAGCAACGACGAGUGCUGCGGGAAAGAAAUGAGCUCACAGCUCGCAAAGACCUUGAAUUGCUUGCUGAGAGAAUAGCUUUUGAAAGUGUCUGCUUUGGAAAACUCCGCGAGUCCAUCAAUCGUGCUGAGAACCCUGAACUUUUCGGACAGCGGCAAACUCGUGCUGAAAUAGCUGAAACCUCCCAGCUGAUGUCAAUGUUGAAGGCUAAGCUCGGUGGCAAGUGUGCAUUCAAGCCCAGUGGUAGUCUAGAUGUUUUAGCUGGGGUACUAGCGCGACGUCUUAUCUUAUCCUCGUUCCGUAAGGACAAGACAAAAGUGCCCGAAAUGGAUCCAGUCGAACCAAAGAUUCUCGAAGAACUUCUUCGUCAACAAAACGAGAUCAACCUGAUCGCAAAACGGUACAAAAACAAUGCCAUGGAAAAUUUGGCCUCUGGUCUGGCAGCCGAGACCCUCAGCUACAUAAGUUCCAAUGAUUUGGUGCAGGGAGCGGUUCAAGAGGCAUGGCGGCAAGCACAGGAAACUGUGAAUGCCGAGCUUGUGCAAUCGGAGAUUGCCCAUAUUAUGAUUAGGAAUGCCGAACGUUUUGAGACCUCAAUUACACCGUCAUUUGGAUACACUCUGACGGCUGAGGAGCGAAUAACUUUCGAGUCGUUCGCGGAUGCGGUACAUGAGAGUCUGCGCAAGGAGAUGGACAAUGCCAUCGAACAGCUUUCCCAGUGCUAUGAUGAGGCUCUGCAGAAAAUGAAGCGGGGCCAGUGGAGAAUGCAUUUGGAACAGGAACGAAAAGCCAGUGAAGGUCGUCAGCUGCUAUCUGAGUUUGCUGAUAUAGUUGCCCAUAAGGCGUUAGUGGACGCGAGGAUAGCAGUUCUUCGGGGAGAUUACACCUCGUCGGCGGAAAGUUCGUCGUCGCAACUUGCCACCAUGGACCCUGGCAAUACAUUUAGUGUCUCGAGCUUGCAAAAGUAUGAGAACCUUUUCGAAGAGCUCUCCAACGAUUUGCAAAUAUCCAAUCCCGAUGACAUUCUGGCGGAAGCAGAUUUUGAAUUUGUCUAUAAAAACCGAACGAUAGACUUUAUCAGUGAUCGAGCGGUCCUUAAAGACAUAGCGAAUUUCCUGAGUCAAUUGGAACAGUCGAUUAGCAUUCUCAAGCGUGCUAUUCAUCCAAAUGCCUUCAUCGAACCAAAGGCAAUCGAACUGAACACUCUAGCGGACGUCUGUCAGAAAUGUUGUGACCUUAGGGUCCAAACUGAUGGUCUACUGGACGAUGUACAACAUUUGACAGCUUCCUGCUCAAGCUGCUCCGAGCUUCAAGAUACCAUCUGUGAUCUUCACGUGCAACAUGAGUCUCAAAUUAUGAGACUACAGCAGGAUCAUGCCAAAAAUAUGUCAAUGUUGAUGCAGCAAGUCGACAGUCAGCGUCACACACUGGAGUCGUUAGAAAGGGAACGGAAUUCCCUUGUCGAUGAAAUCCAUCAGCAGUCAAAUUUGGUGGAAGAUCACGAGCGUGAAUUAGCUAAGCUUACUAUGAAAUUAAAGUCCAAGGAAGAAGAGUGCCAUCGCAAGGAGAAUGAUAACCUCGAUCUAAUGGAUCGACUGGAAGAUCAGAAUGAAAAGUUGCGAAACUAUCAGGGGGAUAGGGAUAGUCUGGAGAGUAAAUGUUCGCGACAAGACGAGGAAUAUGCAGUUCUACUUCAAGAACGUGACUUUAUUCAGGCUGAGUUGAAUAAAGAACGUGAACGUUGCAGGCGAAUGGAAAGACGCUUGGAAAUGUUGGAAGUAGAACAUGGCAAGCAAUUGGAAUGCCUGCAGGAGGCAUAUCGGGACCAAAUUCUUUCGCAUUGCUCAGACUUUACAAAUAUCGCUGAUGAAGAGAGUUUCCGUCAGCGAUAUCAACAGGAGAUCGAACAGUUAAGAACACUCUGUGAAAAAGGUCUGACAGCAAUGGAAUCAUCACAUCGUCGAAUAAUUAAUGAUUUGGAGGACAAACAUCGACAAGAGAUCGAUAGGUUACUCAUGGAGAAAGAAACAGCUUUAGCUGAAGAAACUCAGGCAACUCUGGCUGCUUUAGAUGCAAUGCGUAAGGCACACCAAAGUGAAGUUCAACGAGAGGUAGCACGUUUCAAGCAGGAAUUUUUAAGGCAAUUCCAAAAGGGUGAACAUUCAAUCGAUAACACCAAAAUUAAUGAAGAGGAACUCGAAGAAUUAAGACAAGAAAUUUUGUCAUUUUCUGAGAAAUACUCGAUUAAAUGCGUUGAAAAUGCAGCCCUCGAAGAAAAACUGCGUUCGGCUAAUCAAAAAUUAAAACACUUUCAACAAAUGCAACAAAUUGAAUUGAGAAAUAAACAGUUCCGAGCACAUUUAGCAUCUGAGGAUCCAUUAAGUGAUGUAAAUUUCGUGCAAGGACUAACGUCAUCCAAAGAUGAAAUGCCAUGUCCAGAUAGUGAGCAUGCGCUUGAAAAUAGUUACACAACACAACAACAAGCACACCCAGAAAACACUACUAAGUCAACACAAGAGCAAUCCCUAUUACCGAUAAGCAGAAAAUCAGAUCUGCAUGCGAAUUUAAGGAAUUUGAGUAAUAAAUCUUCACCAUCUUCAUCACCUUCAAUUUCUUUAACUGGUGGUACAAUUGACUUUGAAGACGAUAUAAAUUGUUGCUACGAUCCGUGCUAUAAGCUGAGUGGUGCAUUUGAAUAUAACCCGAGGAACUCUAUUGAAGGUUUAAAAAAAUCAUCAUCGAGCCCAAUGUUCAGCAACAACAACAGCAACAAUAUACAAAAAUCAAAAAGUUGCAUCAAAAUUGAUUUACAACUGAACAACAACAGAUCAUCACCCUCCUCCCAUCAAAAAUCAUUCACUACCACUAGCGUCCCUUUAACACUACAAAGUGGUGAUAAUAAUAAACAACAACAACAAUUACCGAUAACCAAAGCACUAACCCACCACCAACAGCACUAUUUACCCCAUCAAACAACAACAACAACAACAACAACAACAACAAAUACCAUAUCGCCAAUAAAACCGAUGAUGAUUACGAUGAAGACGACGACAAAACCAACAACAACAACUACGACCAAACCAGUGGAACAACCAAAGAACAUUAAUUUAUUAAAAAAUCUAAAUCCAAAUUCAACUCAAUUAAAAUUAGUUAAUAAUAAUAAUAAUAAUCUUAGAUUAAGUUGUAAUAAUCGUAUAAAUAAUAGUAAUAAUAGUAAUAUCAUUGAUGAUUGUACAUCAUCUAGUAAUAGUAGUAGCAACAUCAACAAUAACAACACCAGCAACACCAACAAUACGCGUAUCUUCAGUCGAUCAAAUCAUCGUAAUGGUGGUAGUAGUAGUAGCAAUGGCGGUGUUCAGAAUAAGGUUGCAAUAAGCUUGGGCAGUUUUAGUGAUAUAAUUCGUAAAACAACGCCAUCUAGUGAUGCUGUUAGUAGUGAAAAUAAUCCUGCGACAGCACUGGUAAUGGAUAGGAGCAGGGGUGAUGAUCACAGCAGCAGCAGUAGCAGUAGCAACACCGAUGAUGAGAAUGAUAGAGUGGCAAGAAGCGUUUGUAGCAAAGGUGUCUUCAAUAAUAAUAAUAAUGAGUUGGUAGCGGCGGGGUCAGUUGCAACACCAACAACGACCAACUCUAACAUCAACAAGAAAAAGCAUUCAACGUCAAAUUUUAGUGGUAAGCUAUGCUCACCCCCUCCCUUAAGUGGGAAGGACAUUGAGCAUCAUCAUGCGACCUCACAUUUGAGAAGAUUUGAGUUGGAAAUAUAAAUCGAAAAAAAAUGUUAAACUUAAUAAAAUUAUUCAAAAAAAAAAAAACCAAAAUAAGUAUAUUACCAUCCCU